AAGUGUGCAUUCUGCAUUCGAAUGGUCGCCGAGGUUUCGUGAUCGAGCGCGAGAAACGACACGUCUGGGGCGAAUCGAAGUGAAUCGAAGCCGGGGAUCGUUAUGUUAAUGUUUCCGAACGGGAGUGUACAUAAAAUUAUACGCGUGGAACGUGGUCGGUGGUUUGUUGGAUCGAUGCGUGAGCGAUGAGCGACCUGCUGGGUGAGGAUCGAUCAAGUUUCGUGGAUCAUCGAGUGACUGUAACAACAGAGGCUAACAUUUACGAGACUCGUAUCUUGCACGAUAAACGUCUAUUUGUGGACUAUCAUCUUAGUACAUACAUAAGUACAUAUCCAUUCCCGCUCCAACUAUUACCUAGCAUCCCGGGUUAUAUCCCCGUUUAUAUAAGGCACGGGGAUCAACCAUUGGAGGAAAUAAAUCCCGCAUUAGCAGAGGCGUUUCACGAAGGAUCGAGCUUACCUAAGAAGAACUUAGCUAACGUCGAAGGUCCGGCCGCUAUCAGCCUCGAGGAGGACGAGGAAAGCAAAAUCCACGUGGAAGCUGUGCACGUCAGACAGGUGGAUAACGAUGUACCAACCAAAGACGAGAAGAUGAAACCAGCGGAUGAGGAACCGACGGAAACGUCCAAGAAUAAAACAGUCUCUCAGCCAGUAGUCAAAGUCCUACCGUUGACCGAAGAAGAAGAGAAAGCCCUGAAGGACCUCCGAGUCGAAAUUGAGGAGGAAACGGAGAAUUCGUACGGUGGGCCCCAUUCGAGCCCGAAUCCGAUCGAAUUAUCGUCGGACAAACCUCAACGCAGGAAGAACGUACGAACUUUUAGACCAGUUGUGAAAGUCGAUCAAAUCAUUAUCGACGAAUCAGUCAAACCGGAUCUUCGCCUAAGCGAGGACGCACGGCAUUCUUCCAUGGACGAGGACGCCUCCGCGUCCAUACUUACUGACGAAAUACUACCUGUCAAGGAACAACGUCUUCCCAACGUCCUCUCCAACGUUCGGAAGCUAGCCCUCACGCCAAAAAUGGCGCUUCAAUUGGAGAAGGAACGGAUAGAGAAUCAAUCGUUAGAAGAGAAAUCAAAAUGACACCCCUCGUAGUGAUACUUAUUUAUAGCAAUACGGAUAAUCGACAAUUUUGUGAUAAAUACUUGUUUAAAUAGA